AUGGCAUCCGGCGCAGCGAAACUCAUACCAUCCGACCCAGAGAAAGUCAUGGUCAUCCGGCGCGUCACCCCCAACAUCCUCGUCUGCAGCACGCCCUUCCUGCGCUUCGGCCGGAUCAAAGUCGGCGGCCGCGGCACCAUCGUCAAGCUCAAAGACGACUCCCUAGCGGUCUUCAGCCCUACCGCCCUAACCUCCUCCGUCAAGCAGCAGAUGCAGGAACAACUGCAGAGCACCAACGUGAAAUACAUCACCGCGCUGGACGGCGAGCACCACAUCUUCCUCGAGAGCUGGCACAAACAGUACCCGAACGCGGUGGUCAUCGGGCCGGAGACGCUGCCCGCGUAUCGGGACAAGCAGGGGUACUUUAAGAUUCCGCAGGACAAGUGGAGGUUGUUCAAGAAGGGGGAUGCGGAGAGCUGGAAGAUCGAUCCCACGUUCGACGCCGAGUUCGAUCGCGAGUACAACGACGCGCAUGCGAACAAGGAGUUGGUGUUCAACCACAAGCCUUCGCGGACACUCAUCGAGGCGGAUCUAAUGUUCAACUUGCCUGCGACGGAGCAGUUCAGCAAGACUGGUUUGUCGCCCACCAGUGGCUUCCUGAGUCGACUCUUUACGGGCCUCAACAACACGCAGGGGGAAGCUACGUGGCAGAAACGACUCAUCUGGUACGGCAUUUCUUCCGGCGAUCGAAAGGGCUACAACGAGUCCGUGAGUCGGGUCGCGAAGUGGGACUUUGACCGCAUCAUUCCUUGUCAUGGUGAUGUGAUUGAGAGUGGUGGGAAGGGGAUCUUCGAGAAGGUGAUGGCGUGGCAUCUUGAGGCGAACAAGAAGGGUAAUUGA